UUCUCAAUCCUGCUUUGCUUUUUUUUUACUUAAGAAGAGGCAAUGUCUGGCUUUGUUCACGACGACCCGCGGCGGAGAUAUAGCGGUCCGCGAUUGAUAUUGAUAAAACGACGAUGGCAAGUGAUUAAAAUCGGCGUCCGUCGGAGGCGCCGGCCGCCUCGGAUUCUGGCGAUUUGCGGCGCCCAAAAGAUCGCCAAAAAAAAGCGCGCGCAAACUCAGAACGCCGAAGCCGCAUGGUGCGGCCACGAUGUUGGGGCGCUUUUGAUGGCAGUCCGACCGCCAUGAGAGCGGCCACUUUUUCGGCGGGCUCUGGUGUUCGGUAGCUCUUGAAAAAGUGCAGCCGUAAGAAAAUGGAGACAUACACAAAAAUGAAAAAGCGCGCCAGAGGCACGAAGCACAGAAGCUCGCGGGCUUUGGCCCCGAUUUUUCUUUGCUUUUUGGGCGCCCCCCGCGGCGCCCGGAUCGGCCCCAAAGCGUUGUGGCUGGCUUCCGGAGAGAAAUUUAUGCAACUUGCAAAAGGCCGUAACGUUAUCCGCGACAGACUGCCCGGCGGGCCCGCGAAAAGCAGGCGCGCGGCUGGGCCGCGGGCAGGGCAGGACGAAGGCAAGAAGCGCAAGCGACCCCACUACCUCCGCCGCGGCGUUUAGCUAUGUUCGUUAUUCUUAGAAGGGUGCCCAGCGAUCAUCAUCAUACGUAUCUGGAGAAAAGAUAAAGAGGUAAUUUGGAUCACUUUUUUUAGGGGCUUGAACUAUGAUUCACGCCAGCGACGCCCAGGCAAGCGAAAAAGGAAGUAAGUAGAUUAUAUAUUAUGCCAAAUAUGAUUCGCUUUCGCUAACUUACUACAAGAUCAGGGAGGAAAGGCUUUCGCAGCCUUUGCACUGUAAGUAUGUAGGCGUACUAUCUCUGUGAUCCGGAGCUGUGGCAGUUCCAUUUUAGAGCUUCUCUAUUUUUUCUAUUGAGUUCUAGUCGAAAUAUUUAUUACUUUUACUUGCCGAAAAGGAAAUGGAAAAGCAAAAGGAAAGAGGAAAAGGACAGAGGAAAGAGGAAAAAAGGGACUUUCGUGCGUGCUUCCUUGCGUGUGGUCGCUCACGCGCGUGCGUGUGUUGUGUUUUGAAAACCUGAAUCGCAAGUGAAGUGCUGAGCAAAUUACGGCUGCAAACAUGAU